ACGACGGCAGCCGGCGAGAAGAAGCUAUGGUGCUCGAGACCGACUCCAUGGAUUUCAAAGUUGAGGAGCUCUUGAAAGACCUCCAGCUCGGUCCGUCCGCCAACAAAGCCAUAGAUCGAGCCGUAUCUUCCAUCAUAGACGCCAUAAACAAUAUACCUGACCAGGAAGCGGACCUAGAACACGCUUUUGGGUUCUUCCGGGACCUCCGUGUGCCGUCCAAUAAGGUUAAUUUCAAAUUCAAGAGUCCGGAAUCCAUCUGUAUCGGUGGAAGCUACUCUAUUGGAUGCGUCGCGAAGCCUGAUAUAAACGUCGACCUAUUAAUCCGUAUGCCCAAGGAGUGUUUCCAUGAGAAGGACUAUAUGAACCACAUAUAUCAUGCUAAAAGGUGUCUUUAUCUGUGUGUGAUUGAAAAGAGUUUGAAGUCGUUAACUUUAUUUCGGAAGAUGGAAUGGCGGACUUUCCAGAAUGAGGCCAGGAAGCCCGUUAUUCAUUUCUAUCCAGUUAUAAAAAAUGCUGAGCUCUCUGAGUUUUUCAUAAGGAUAAUACCUACUGCUUCAUCCGUAUUCAAUGCCUCAAGGUUGAGCAUUUCACGAAAUAAUGUUCGUGCAUUUAAUCAAGGUGACACUUCUAGAGCUACUCCAUACUACAACAGCAGCAUAUUAGAGGACAUGUUUAUGGAGGAAAAUGUGGACUUUGUGAAGAACACUUUCACCGAAUGGAAGACAUUGAGAGAUGCUUUACUUCUGCUUAAAGUCUGGGCUCGGAACAGAACUUCAAUUUAUACACAUGAUUGCUUAAAUGGGUACUUGAUAUCCAUCAUCCUUUCCUACCUAACAGCUGGGCCUGGAGGAAAUCAAAUCAACAGGUCAAUGAAGGCCUUGCAGAUAUUUCGUGUCACCUUGAAGUUUAUAUCUUCAAAUUUGUGGACAAAGGGCCUCUCGCUUGGGCCAUUAAGUCAGUCCAAGCUGUUCAAUGAAGAGAUGAUUCGUUGUCUCAAAGCAUUUCCUGUUGUUCUGUAUGACGCAACUGGUCAUACGAACUUGCUGUUCUGCCUGACUAGAACAGCUUUUGCAGAGCUUCAAGAAGAGGCUGCUUGGACAGUUAAUUGCAUUGACAAAUGUAGAGGUGGUGGAUUUGAAGAGGUUUUCAUGACUAAGGCUGACUUUGCUGCUAAAUUUGAUGCUUGUUUAAGAAUAAAUUUUAAAGGAAACGCUAUAAUCAAUUCAUCUGAAUUUUGCUUGGAUGAGGAACGCUGGGGAUUAGUUGAAAAAGAUGUGCAGUCCGUUUUGCAGCAGGGACUAAGCGAUAGAGCUAAAUUAGUCCGUGUGACUUGGGGGAGUGCUCCGUCUAAUUGGAAUAUAAAUGAGGGUUAUGAAAAUUUUGGUGAAGAGCCGAUGCUUGUUGGCUUAUUGUUGAGCUCUGAAGAAAAGUGCUUUCGUUUGGUUGAUAUUGGUCCACAUGCCGAGAACAAUGAGGAGGCUGCUAAAUUUAGAAAAUUUUGGGGAGACAAGGCAGAAUUGAGACGAUUUAGGGAUGGUACUAUUGCCGAAAGCACAGUAUGGGAGUGUCCACCGUGGCAGAGACACCUCAUCAUGAAGAGAAUUACUGAAUAUGUUAUUUCUAAACAUUUUCUUCUGUCACAAGGAGAUAUAGUAUAUGCAGUAGAUCAGCUUGAUUUCAGUAUUCAUCUGGGUGGUAAAGAUCCUAUAUCGUCUUCUACAAGUCUAUUGGAGACAUUCGAGACUUUGUCAAAGCGCUUACGUCUUCUAGACGAUAUUCCUUUGAGAAUCUCAAGUGUACAGCCACUAGAUGCAGCUUUCAGACAUACGGCUGUGUUUCCUCCUGAACCUCAUCCUCUUGUUUAUGAGAAGGGCAGUGCUAAGAAUGUACCGAAAUUUACUACUACGUGUAUCAAACCACUCACAGUUAUGAUUCAGUUAGAGGGAUCUGGAAGCUGGCCUUUGGAUGCAAAGGUCAUUGAGAAGACUAAAGUUGCUUUCCUGCUAAAAAUUUGUGAGAGUCUUCAAGAUCGAUGGGGCAUGCUUUGCAGUGCAACGGAGGAUGAGGUGCAUGUCCUCAUGGAAGGAUAUGCUUUUAGUCUUAAAAUCCUUCAUGAGAGAAGCUUGCUCUUGUUGAGAAACCAAGCAGGCAAUGAUAGCAUAAAGGGUAAAAGAUAUAUAGACGAGGAGUUGUUCUUAUGCAGCCAGCACGCCAGUAUGAUUAAUGGUCUGAAUGGUCGGUACCCAACAUAUGGAUCUGUUGUUAGGCUGGCAAAACGCUGGAUUUCUUCACACCUGUUUUCUUCUUUUCUUGAAGAGGAGGCAAUUGAAUUGAUAGUUGCCUACCUCUUUCUGAGGCCAUUUCCUUACCAUGCUCCUUUGACUCGUAUUACUGGAUUUCUGAGGUUCUUGCGCCUAAUGUCAAAUUAUGAUUGGAAUUUCUCACCAUUAAUCAUCGACAUAAAUGGAGAUUUUACUCCACAAGAUGAAUGGGAGAUAAAUGAGAACUUCUUGUCAAGCAGAAAAUCUUCUGAAGAGAAUGUGCAAAUUUUGGAACCAGCAAUGUUUUUAGCUACUACGUAUGACAAGACAUCUGAAGCUUGGACAAAAUGUUUACCAAAUGGUGAAAUACUAAAAAGGAUGGCUGCAUAUGCUCGAAGCAGUGCUGACCUCUUGACAAAAUUAAUUCUCCAAGGUCAAAAUGGCCCAUACACUUGGGAGUGUCUAUUCCGUACGCCAAUGAAUAACUAUGAUGCAGUCGUAAUUCUCCAUCCAGACAAGCUUCCUUAUCCUCAACGCCUUCUUUUCCCCAGCUCGAUCAGCCAUGGGAAACAUGUAAUUCAGGGAAAAGCAGGCGAGGAUUUCAACCCUUUCAUUCAACUUGGUGGUGGUGCAGCACAAAGUUUUGAAGAUGCAAGAAGUAAGCUGUUGGUGAAUUUUGACCCAACCAUGUUCUUCCUGGAAGAUUUAACGGAAGAGUUCCCUGAAACCUUUAAGAUAUGGUAUGACUCUCUUGGUGGUGACGCAAUUGGGCUGACUUGGGAUUUGAAGAAACGCAAGAGGGAGAACGAAGAUGAGAGCGAGACAGAGUUCAUUAAGAAACUCAAAGGUGUUGGAGAGGUUGGAAAAGGGUUUGUGAAGAGUGUAUAUUUUCUCAGAGCGCCAAAAGUGCAGGUUUAAAACUAGUAAUAGUUGCUUAGGAGUGUUUUCAUUUGUUAGUUGUCUUAUUAUGUGGUUUGGAAGUUCAUUUAUUCGCCAGAAAAAGGGUAGCCUAUUUUUAUAUUUUCAUUAGGAAAUUAUUGGGCCAUAAUUAUCCUAAUGAAAGCAAGUUUUGUGCUGUGUUCUUCCUUAACGCCUGUUCUGUAUUAUUUAAUUCAAAUCUUUCUUGAAUAAGCAAUUUUUUUUCUUUUAUUUUGAA